AUGGGAAAUGAAGCCCAUGACGAUUAUGCUAAAAAGCAGGCACAACAACAGCCCCAUAACAAGUACAAGCUCAAGAUUCUUUUGUUUGUUAUUGUUACAAAUAUUCCCACAAUCUACAUCUUCUGUGGCUCUUCUUUGAAUUUGAAUUUAACUGGGCACAACAACCAUUUGUCUCUCCCUCUUUGGGACUCUCCCACUCUUGUGCAUGAGCUCAACUCUACUAAAUUUGAGCUUGCAGCUAGUCAUUCCUUCUUUGUUGAGUUGCAGCAGCAGCUUAACUCUACUAAUUUGUUGGUAGAUGCCUUGUUGAUUGAGCUUAUAAGAGAACAUGAACGCUUGACUCAGAAGGUAGCGAGUGUGCCUGGUGGAAAGUUCAAUGCUGACUUGAGCAUCAGAUUGUCUGAUGAAAUGAGGGUUGCAUUAGGCCCUCACAAGCUUCCCUUAGGAAAGUCCCCAAUGACGGGAUUGGAUGAAGUAAUCGCGCCGGUUGGGGUAGGCUGCUUCAAGUUGCAAGAGGAGUUGGUUCAGUAUAUGACAUAUGAGAUUGGUGCAGAGUGUCUUGUGGAUGAUGUAUUUGCGCAGAGGCUUUUGCUUAAAGGGUGUGAACCGUUGCCUCGUUGGAGAUGCCAUCCAAAGUCCACCUCUGAAUUAUGUUGA